UAAAUCCUGAAAUUUUCCAAUCGGCCCCCAGUCGCAAAAAUGCGUUGUUUCCUCGUUUUGUGUGUUUUCUUGCCCCAAAUUUGGGGUCUCGAAGUCACCCCAAUUAGGGCUACGCCCCUCAAAGACAUCGGUCUUCGUAUAAUCAACGGUGAUGAGGCGUUUUUGGGGCAAUUGCCAUGGCAAGUGGGGAUUUUGGGGCGUGCCUCAUGGGGGGGCUAUUUUUGUGGGGGUUCAGUGAUUGGCGAAGAGUGGAUUUUAACAGCUGGACAUUGCAUCGAUGGCGCAAUUUCGGCCACGAUUUAUACAAAUACGACCAAAAUUUCGAACCCUAAUCGAGUCGUAUCGCAGUCGGCUGAGUUUAUCCUGCACGAGAAAUACAAUAGUGUCAACCUUAAUAACGACAUUGGGUUGAUUCGGCUCAAAAAACCACUAAAAUUUGAUGACAACACAAAACCCAUCGCUUUAGCGAUCCGGGAACCGUCCAUUGGUACCAAUGUGACCGUAAGUGGUUGGGGAGUCACUAGAGAUAGUGAUAUUUACACCAGUGAUAUUUUGUACUACACCACCAUUGAUGUAAUCGAUAAUGCCGAAUGUGCCCGGAUUUUUGGAAACAGUGUUAUUACAGAUAGCGUAAUUUGUGCCAAUCCGGGGAACCCCCAUACAAGUCCAUGUCAAGGUGAUAGUGGCGCACCGGUCGUUGUUUUAGAUUCGUGUGGCAAACCUGUUCAAAUCGGUGUGUUCAGUUUCACCAACGGAGUAGGCUGUGAAUAUCCCUACCCGUCGGGGAACUCCCGAGUUGCCUAUUACAGGGACUGGAUUAAGGAAAAAACUGGGAUUUAAGGAAAUGUUUGAAUAAAUUUAGUUGAUUACGCAAAUCUGUUUUUUUUUGUAAUAUCUUGAAAAAUAAAUACCACGGAUUUUUGACACUCA